AUGGGCCGGGGACAGAUACAGUUAAAUAAUGGCACCUCACCCUCACGUCCCCCAAGAGGAGGAGAGACAGUGGCCGCAGCAGGCACAGCACAACCCUCACACACAUGGAUGCACACCACUCACACACAGGCUCCGUCCAGUCUGGCUUUUUGGCUCAGGAAGAGGGCAGCACACACGGUUGAGAAGUGCCACACCAGGUCCCGGCCUAAUCGGGGCAAGGCAUGA